AUGGGCUCUUCAAAUAGUCAUCCUAACAGUGCUAAUGCACAAACUGAAUCUGCUCCUGAAUCAUACAGAAUCGAAAGUGCAUCAAAUGAUUCUGAUCCUCCAUCUAAUCAACAUAGAAUCCAAAGUCCACCAUUAAAGUCCAACUUUAAUGAAAUGUUAAACAACCCCAGAAGUUCUCCUGUAGAGCAAAACAAUACAACAUCACAACGAUUUUAUAGAAUUUCUAUCAGUACAUUUAAUCUUCUGGAACUUAUUGAUGGCUACCUUAAUGAACCGAUAGUAUCUCUCGAAGAAGCUCUUGAACCUGUUGGUAGGACAAUUAUCGAUUUGCCUACCUACAUUGAAGAAGCUAAGACUAAAUGUCAUUAUCCAUCGGAACAUGGGCUUAGUCGGGAUGAAUCAGCUGCUAUCUAUAUUUACACAAUGGCAUUAAAGAAAAAAACAUUUUUUGAUCAUUUUCAAGAGGCAUGGAAUUCUAGAAGUCGAUCGACAAUGAAGCCUUGGGUGAAAUACAUAAGAUUAUUUCGAAGUGCACUUGAUAAACUACCUAGAGCAAAAAAUGAAGUUUGGCAAGGAAUGGCUAAUGAUGUAAUGCUUGAAAAGAUAUUAACAUCAAAAUCACCGUUUCUUUAUUCGUGCUUGAGUUCAUGCUCACCAUGGAAUAGUGAAGUUGUGGAUUAUCUCCAGAAGAAUGUUAGCAAGAAUUUGAUGAUCGUUGGUUAUAAAUCGGUAAAUGGAAGAUCGGUAACCGGCUAUACAGCUGAUCAAAUGGACGAAGUCAUCAUAUGGCCUGGUGUGAAAUUGACCCCAAAACAUUACGUCAUUGUCAAAGAAACUUCUUCAAUUAUUGUUCAUCUCGUAAGACAGGAUGGUAAGUUGUCUUGUCAUAUAUUUAUGCAUUUUUCUGUCUACUAA